AAGAUACCGAUCCAGACGAUUUCAAUUAUCAAUUAUCUCAAGCGUUACCUGAAACUGUUGUAUCCGGUGCCUCCAGCAUCAAGGGAGUUAGCUUAACAAUGAUGAUUGGUGCUUUUUUGAUUUCUACUUUCUUGACGAUUUAA